GCUGAGUGUAGACUUUGAGCACAGAGUUUCAUUCUGACUGUCACCACUCAUUCUGUCGGGUGUUGUUUCACAUUGAUGAUAAUUAAUAGCGGAUUUUACUUCAGUGGCAAUUAGAAGGUACUCAUACCCAAGAUGUCUACAGCCACACCAUCUCCAAUGGGAUCCAUUAUUUUGAAAUGGAAUCCUAAGGAUUUGGAAAUCAGGACUUAUUCUGUAGAAAAGACACUGGAACCACUAGUUACACAGGUGACAACACUAGUAAAUACAAAAGGUCCAUCCAACAAAAAGAAGGGAAGAUCUAAGAAAGCACAUGUACUUGUGGCUGCUGUAGACAAAGCUACUCAGAAGUUUAUUGAACAGGGAGAAGUAAUAGCUAAUGAGAAUCCUGAAAUUCAGAAAGAAAUGAUGACAGCUGUAGAUGAUGUCAGGAAAACAGGUGAUGCUAUGCGGUCAUCCUCAGGUGAGUUUGCUGACGAUCCAUGUUCCUCUGCUAAACGUGGUAAUAUGGUAAGAGCAGCAAGAGCUCUUCUAUCUGUCACUAGAUUACUUAUUUUGGCUGAUAUGGUUGACGUGCAUCUAUUGUUGAAGUCAUUGAGAGUUGUUGAAGAAGAUUUAGAGAAAGUUAAGAGUGCUCAGACCCAGCAAGAGCUUGUCAAUAGUUUUAAAACCUUUGGCAAAGAUAUGGUACACUUGAAUCAGCUCAGUGCACGAAGACAAAACGAUUUGAAAGAUCCACGUCGUCGAGAUGAAAUGGCGGCUGCUAGAGCUGAUCUUCAGAAACAUAGUACCAUGUUAUUAACCACAUCUAAGGCAUAUAUUCGCCAUCCUGAUGUGAGUGCUGCCAAAGAAAAUAGAGACUAUGUUGUAAAGCAAUUGUGUGAAGCUGUCAAUGCUAUAUCAGGUGUUACACAAGCAUCUGGAGAAUCUGAGCCAAAUACUACUAUAGAAGGGGCUGGCGAGCUGGCGUCAGCACUAGAUCAAUUCGAUCACACCAUUGUGAUGAAUCCUGUUAGCUAUAAUGAAGUACGUACCCGUCCAUCCUUGGAAGAACGGUUGGAGAGUAUUAUUAGUGGUGCUGCUUUGAUGGCCGAUUCAUCCUGUACGCGUGAUGAUCACCGUGAUCGUAUUGUAGCUGAAUGUAACGCUGUCAGACAAGCUCUUCAAGAUCUUCUGUCAGAAUAUAUGGCUUGUGCUGGAAAACCUGAUCGUAGUGAUCCAUUGGAUCAAGCUAUUGAUAGAAUGUUUAAGAAGACCAGAGAUCUACGUCGACAGCUCCGUAAAGCAGUAGUGGACCAUGUCUCUGACUCUUUCCUGGAAACUAAUGUGCCAUUAUUGGUUCUGAUUGAGGCAGCCAAGAGUGGUAAUGAGAAGGAAGUUGAGGAAUAUGCGAAUGUGUUCCGUGAACAUGCUAAUAAACUGGUGGAAGUGGCCAACUUGGCUUGUUCUAUGUCUAAUAAUGAAGAAGGUGUUAAGUGUGUCCGAAUGUCGGCACAACAGAUUGAGGCAUUGUGUCCACAGGUUUCACAGGAAAAUAUGGAUGUCUUUAAGGAUAUGUGGGAAAAACAAGUAAAGAUAUUGACUGAAGCUGUAGAUGAUAUCACUACAAUAGAUGACUUCUUAGCAGUGUCAGAGGGGCAUAUCUUGGAAGAUGUCAACAAGUGUGUGUUAGCAUUACAAGAAGGAGAUGCCGAUACAUUAGAUCGUACAGCUGGAGCGAUUCGUGGCAGAUCAUCAAGAGUAUGCAAUGUGGUAGAAGCAGAAAUGCAGAAUUAUGAACCAGGUCUUUAUACCGAGCAAGUCAGAGAUGCUGUCAUUGUACUAAGAGAUCAAGUUAUGCCUCAUUUUGCGGAGCGUGUUGAAGUAGCAGUCGAAGCAUUAAGUAGCAACCCACCACAAGAUACUGAUGAAAAUGAAUUUAUUGAUGCCUCAAGGAUGGUCUAUGAUGGCGUUAGAGACAUCAGGAGAGCUGUCCUCAUGAACAGGACUAUAGAUGAUUUGGAAACUGAUACAGAGUUUGAAUAUGAAGAAGAAUAUUAUGAUGACAUUAAAAGCAAAUCAAGUUACAAGACAGAUGAUGAAGAUUAUGGUACACUUCCUGGCAGGUUGACAGAAGAUCAACUUGAAGGAAAGAGUGAUAGGUUUUUGAUGAGACAGCUACCAGAUGAAGAGAAACAAGCUAUUCAAGAACAGAUUUUAGUGUUUCGUGAAGAGAAAGAAAAACUGGAACGUGAAAUGGCAAAAUGGGAUGAUAGUAGUAAUGACAUCAUUGUCAUUUCCAAGCAGAUGUGCAUGAUUAUGAUGGAAAUGACCGAUUUCACAAGAGGUCGUGGUCCAUUGAAAACCUCUAUGGAUGUGAUUGGUGCUGCUCAAAAGAUUGCUGAACACGGCUCUAAGUUAGAUAAAUUAUCAAGAAAAGUAGCUGACCAAUGUCCUGACUCAACUUCCAAAGAUGACCUGGUAGCUUACCUCCAGAGAAUUGCUCUGUAUUGUCACCAGUUGAACAUAUGUAGUAAAGUGAAAGCUGAUGUACAGAGUGUUAGUGGUGAGCUUGUUGUUACUGGGUUGGACAGUGCAACAUCUCUUAUUCAAGCUGCUAAAAACCUGAUGGCUGCUGUUGUACAAACUGUAAAAGCAUCGUAUGUGGCGUCUACAAAAUAUACACGACUCGGCAAAGGAGCAUCAAUGGUUAACUCUCCAGUUGUUAUGUGGAGGAUGAAAGCACCUGAAAAGAAACCUUUGGUGAAACGACAAAAUCCUGAAGAGUUGCAUACCAAACUUCUCAAGAGUUCCAAGGCAAAACAUCUAAAUCCUGUAGCUGAACUAAGCGACUUUAAAGGAAGAACUGAAUACUAAUGAAGUGGACCAAAUAACAGUAUUAGCAAGAUUAGUUUCAUUCAGUCUUUGAAUUAAGUUUUCUUUUGGGGCGGGGAGGGGGGGUAGGUAAUUCAAAUUCGGCGUGACUAGCUUCUUGGUUCUUGUGGCUAGUCUGGAAUUACAGUUGCCUGAAGCUAGUCUGGUAUUACAGAGGCCUUAACAACUCAACACUGUUGAGUGAUUUAUUUUAAUGGGGAAAUUACUUAAAAACAUGUGAAUGCACU